AUGUCAGUUAAGCCUCCUCUGAGAAGAGCUUCGUCCUCAAACGCCCCUUCGGAAAACAACACUAUGACUUCGUCAUCGCAUCUUCAUAAAAUGAACUCUCUCCAAAACCCAGGCCCAUCUGACGACCCAGAUCACGAUUACCUUCUGGACCAAUCAUCUCUCACUUUCACAGAAGAUUACUCCGCCUCUAGUUUUUUAUCCAGUUCCUUACGAGCGGACGGAGGAACUCUAGAAACGUUGACUCCAAGUCGGAACCGUUUGACAGAACCUGAUUUGAUGACAUACCACAAAAAGUCAUAUCACAAAUGCAAUGCAGAAAACCGAGACCCGAAAUGUGUGUGCAGUGCCAAGCUGGGUCUCGACUUCCCAAACCUGCCGGAUGAUGUUUUCCACGACUCCAAUCCAGCCACAGACUCCGAAACAGUUCACGGCGACAGAAUUUCUUUAAAUGCAAAUAUUUCACCAGAAAAUAGUCUGAACCGCAGUCUUAAUUUAUCCGGCGACCAGAACCAAACUUUGAAAUUUACCUUGACCCUGGACCUCCCCACAACUCCUGAUGAACCAAUUUUUCCAAAACAUCCAGAAGACGCCGCUUCGAGCCUCGAACACGACGGGUCACGUCGGUCAAGUAUAACUUCGGUCUCCUCUGAGCCUAAGGACGCAAUCGGAACGCAAUUUGGAGGCGCCGCCGACAGCGGAGUCGGAAGCUCGCGUUCGGGUAAAUUCGAAAGUGCCGAGUAUCACGACGGCACUGCGUUGACUUCUAUUUUACCGACGACUCCUCGUGAGCUGUCAGGUGACGUUUUCUCGCCUCUAUUUUCCCCUAAAAGCAGCUGCGACUCCGACCCCGAGGAAUCAAACAGUCAUCAUUGGGCUUAUAAGCCAAAGAGGCGAACUCUAUCCGACUCUGAAAGUUCUUGGAGUUCAAGCUUCAGCUCAAACGGGUACCUGAACGAACUGGUAGCCGAAUGCGAACGAUUCAUGAAAGUGUUUGUGACGAAAAUAUUCAGCCCCGAAUCAGACAUCUCACAAGAGGAAAAGUCACGCUUCGGACAACUUUGCCAACCAGACUUGCAAACAAAGAGCUUGUCUGAGAUGAAAUGA